AUGCCGCGCGAGACCGCCUCCGUCUUCCCGCCUCCGUCGGACGUCUUCCAGCGGUUCUCCAGCCGCCGCAGCGUUGUGCACAGCACCAAGGGCAUGGUCGCUUGCACGCAGCCGUUGGCCGCCAAGUGCGGCAUUGAUGUCCUGGAAGCUGGCGGCAAUGCGGCCGACGCGGCCGUCGCCGUGGCCGCGGGCCUCAAUCUGACGGAGCCGUGCUCGACGGGCAUCGGCGGCGACAUGUUUUGUCUUUACUACGACGCCAAGACGGGCAAAGUGUCGGCUCUGAACGGAUCCGGGCGGGCAGGCAACCAGUUUACGCUCGAGCGCAUCCGGUCAAGUCUGGGCCUGCCGGCCGAGGCGGCCAGGGGCGACAAAAUUCCGCUGACGAGCGUGCACGCCGUGACGGUGCCCGGUGCGGCGGCCGGCUGGGUCGACACGGUCAAGCUGUUUGGCAGUGGAAAGCUGAGCAUGGAGCAGGUGCUGGCACCGGCCAUCAAGCUCGGCGACGAGGGCUACCCCAUCUCCGAACUGACGGCGACGUUCUGGCAAAAGUCCGAGGCCGGCCUGCGCGAGGCAUCGCCCAACUUUGCCGAGUGGCUGAAGAAGGACCCGGCGGCCAAGCCCGACGGCUAUCGCGCACCGCGCGCAGGCGAGAUCAUGCGCAACCCGACGCUCGCCCAAACGUUCCGUACGCUCGCGACCGAGGGAAAGGAAGGAUUCUACACGGGACGCAUCGCUGAGGCCAUUGUCGAGGUCGUGCAAGCACGCGGCGGCCACCUGGACGUGUCCGAUCUGAAGCACCAUCUGGAGACCGGAUCGGAGCGCGUCGAGCCCAUUUCGCUCAAGUACGGCGACAAGGAGACGGGUGUCGAGGUCUGGGAGCACCCGCCCAACGGCCAGGGUAUCGUUGCGCUGAUGGCACUCGGCAUCCUCCAGGAGCUACAGUCGACAGGUGUCAUUCCCAAGUUCGGCCCUGAAGAAUACAAUACAGCGCCGUACCUGCACGCAAUUAUUGAGGCGCUGCGCAUCGCAUUCGCCGACGCCAACUGGUUCGUCACUGACCCUAAUGAGGUGGACGUGCCUGUGUCUGGCCUGCUGGCGCCCGAGUAUCUGGCCGAGCGCGCCAAGCUGUUCCUGCCAACAGAGGCGGCCCCAUCGCACAAGCUGGAGCACGGCACGCCCGGUGGCGCGCCGUUCCGCUCGCCGGCCUGGACGAGCAGUGACACGGUGUACUUUGCGGUGGCCGACGCCGAGGGCAACGCCAUCUCCUUUAUUAACUCCAACUUUGGUGGCUUCGGCACGAGCAUCGUACCCAAGGGCUGCGGCUUCUCGCUGCAGAACCGCGGCGCCAACUUCAGUUUGGAUCCACGCCACCCCAAUGUGAUCGCCCCGCGCAAGCGCCCGUACCACACGAUCAUCCCGGGCCUGGUAACGAACCAGUCCGACAACUCGUUGUUCGCCGUGUUUGGCGUCAUGGGCGGCUUCAUGCAGCCGCAGGGCCAUGUGCAGACGCUGCUCGGCCAGCUGGCGGGCGGCGCGAACCCGCAGCAGGCGCUGGAUGCACCGCGCAUCUGCAUUGGAUCGGGCAUGCCGGACGAGGGCGACGUGUUUGCGGCCAUCGUGUCGGUUGAGGAGACCAUGCCGGAGGAGACCAUUGCAGGGCUGCGGGCGCUGGGCCACGACGUGCGUGUCGUCAAAGAUAAGGCUCGUGCGCUCUUUGGUCGUGGCCAGAUCAUCCGCUAUACCAAGGACCCGGUCGAGGACAUUGCCGUCUGGUCGGCUGGUAGUGAUCCGCGUGGCGACGGCGGAGCAUAUCCGUUGUAG